AUGACUCUUCCACGAAGGCCACCACCACCACGCACACCUCGAAAACCGCCCAAGCUUGCUCAGCACUGGGACCGACCACCCGCCGAUCCGGAAGAGGUGUUUGAUGUACAGUCCAUCUCUUCAGACGACGAGAGCACCACCACUCCAUCUGCUGCGUCAACAGCAAAAAUGCCCUCUACGACUGCGAGGGCUUCUGCCGCUCCUGCCCGAGCGUCGCGGUCCAAGCAGCACCUCCCCCCAAAAGACGUCAUCGAGAUUUCAACCGACGAAUCGGUAGCCCACCAAGACGAGGCACUCGACGACAUGGAAAUGUCUGAUUUCGAAGAUGUCGAUCCUGCUGCGCCUGCAACCACUGGUGCAUCGAGCGCAGCCAGCGAAGACCUCGACAUGGAAGACGUCGACCUGGAUGCAGACCAAUCUGCGCAGGAUUUGCAUGACAUGUACGCAGCUGCAUACCGCGAGGUGCAAGCAAAGUACGACAACAGUACCGGCACUGGCGAAGACGAAUACGAAGGCUCAGACGACGAAGAAGGCCGCAAUCAGGACGACGACGCUUCGGCAGGCUCCAAACCCAUCCCCAUCUUCAAGGAUGGCAAGGGUCAGCAUCGUGGCGUCGAAAUCUCUGUCGGAAGCCAUUCAACCAAACAGACCAACUCUUCCAAGCAAAAGUCGAACAACUUCCUCACCCCUCGUGACCGACAGAACCGUAUCACCGCUCACAAGCUCCUCGUUCUCUCUAUGCUAGCUCACGCUCGCGUCCGCAACAAAUGGUGCAAUGACGCCGAGCUCCGUGACACACUCGCCCAUUCGGUGCCCGAGUUUCUCAUCACCAAGCUUCGUUCCAUCCAUCCCAAAAAGGUCACUGAACAACGCGAAAGGAUCCGCAUGUUUGAGAGCUUCCUCUCGGAGCUCGUUCGAUGGUGGUCCUCGCGUUUCCGACUGGAUCCUACCAUGGUUGCCAGCUCUGCCCUUCGACAGCCCGAUCAGGAUAUUGCUACAGGCGUUCUACCUGGUUCUGGUCGUAGGAUCGAUGGCUGGAUUGUAGAGACAGCUUCAGAACGAGAGCAGCGUCAUCGACGCGAACAAAGAGAGCAACAACGAUACAAGCAAGAAUGCGAGCGGCAAGCCACAUCUGUCGAGGCUUCAAAUGGUAACAGCAAAGGUAAAGCCAAAGCCAAAGCCAGAGACAAUGCUAACAACGACUCAACAUCUACCGGCUCCGCAACGCUCCAGCCACCAACCAAGGCGAUGGAAAUCACCAUCUUCGCGCCAGGCCCCGUCAUCCGUCCCAUCUUCCUUCGCCUUCUUCCCGCAGCCGAGCACAUUGUAUCGCCGGCAGGGCUCAGAGAGCGCGCAGAGCAACGAUCAGGGUCGCGAGAGACAAGUGCUCAGCUGUUUUGCGCACUUUGUCGCUCCAUCGGUAUUCCUGCUCGACUCGUUGUCAGUCCACAGCCUCUGUCGUGGAGCGUGGGUGCAAGUAAGCUUGCCAACACUACUCAACCUGGCAGCCUAGCCGACAAGAAGCCGAACCAGCUUCGCGUUCGCGCGAAAAAGUCGGCAUCUCAUCGGUUCGCAUCAAAGCCCAUUAAUGAGCUCACCUCUGACGAUGACGAUGACGACGACCACAGCGUCUCGGCAGCAUCCUCAUCUGCGCAUACCAAGGGCAUGUCCAAUGUAAUCAGCGUCGGCUCGCGCUCGUCUGCAGACGAGGCAACCGCGAGCGACUCCAGUACCGGCAAGCAGAUUACCAGCAGUACCAAGGGUUCUGCUGGCCUCACCAAGAAGGCGGUGCUAGGCGCGGCGGCCAAGACGUCUAGCCACCACAACAACGUCAGUCGUGGCCAUCGUAGCCAACCAAUCUCCGUCGAUGAUACAGCUUCGGACAUCUCGUCUGGUCGAUCCGUAAACGAUGCCAGGAAAGCUGGAGCAAGCCGUAAAACAAGCGGCACUUCCUCGACCAAAAACAAAGGCAAGGCGAGGCAAGUCGAUGUCGUCGAUGCGGAUCCGGCCGGCUUGCAAGACGAAGAGCACGACGACUACCGUCCCGAGAAGUGGAAACAUCUCAAAACGCCUCUCCAAGUCGAGCACAAGGUGAAGCUUCGGCCGUUACGUCCCAAACAGCUCAAAAACUCGGAGGUGGCUAGCGAAGAUACAUGGGCGGAUCCGGUGGAUCUGCAAGCGCCGCCCACCAUGUGGGUUGAAGUGUUUUCCAAGCCGUACCAAAAGUGGAUUACGGUAGACCCGAUUCGGUGCAUGAUCAGACCUUGCGGCAACCGGCACAUGGAACCAGCGGCGUUCGACCGACAGAACAAGCUGCUCUAUGUGGUGGCAUUCGAAGAGGACGGCUACGCACGCGAUGUGACGGCGCGAUACACAAAGACGCUCAACUCGCGUGUUUCUAGGUUGCGACCUCCGACACGGUGCAAAGGUGAGGAGGAUUGGUGGACGCGAGUGGUGCGUGGCAUUCAUCGGCCGCAAAGGCUGGAUCGCGAUGCGAUGGAAGAUGCUGAGCUGCAGGACAACAGUUCGCGCGAACCGAUGCCUUCAUCGAUAAACGCGUUCAAGGACCACCCGAUCUACUUUAUCGAGAAGUUUCUGAAGCGCGACGAGGUGGUUUUCCCUCGUCGACAGAUUGCCACGUUUCAGGGUAUGGCGGUGUUCCGCAAGGCUGACGUGCAGACUCUGCGUUCGUCUCGGCAGUGGUAUAACGAGGGUCGGGUGUCAAAGAAGGCGAGGGGCGCUCAAGUUGUCAAGUCGCGCGGAAU